CAACACCCGACGGAGCUCGCAUUCGGGAGAGUGAAGCUUGCCAUUCGACGACCACAAUGCUUGCCUCCAGCCGCGGAACGGCAUUGAGGCAGGCGUUCUCCGCCUCGCCGGCCACGGCGAUACCGGCCUUUCUAGUGCCGGCUCUGCAACAGCAACAGCUCUUGUCCCGAAGACAAUUCUCCUCGACGCCGACGCGGCACUCGAAGCUCGGCCGAACACCCCUUUCGAUCCCGCCUGGCGUGGAGCUGGCCAUCAGUGAGCCAAAGCUUAAGAAGGACCCGACGAGCUACCUCAAAGUGUACAAGAGGACUGUCACCGUCACGGGGCCUCUGGGCAAAUUGGAUCUUGAGAUCCCGCCCUUCUUGAAUAUUGACCACGAUAUCGAGGGCAAGCGGGCUGUUCUCAGCGUCGAGGACUCCAACGUCAAGGAGCAGAGCGAGAUGUGGGGUACGACAUGGGCCUAUCUCCAGCGCUAUAUCAUGGGCGUCUCGGAGGGUCACACGGCGAUUCUCCGCCUCGUGGGCAUCGGAUACCGCGCGACCGUCGAGCAGCGUGGCGGCAAGGAGGAGUUUCCGGGCCAAAAGUUCCUCUGCCUGAAGCUGGGUUUCACGCACCCGGUUGAAAUGGGCAUCCCGCGGGGUGUCACGGCAACGGUGGCGAGCCCGACGCGCAUCCUGCUCGAGGGUAUCGACCGAGAGGAGAUCAUGAGCUUCGCCGGCCGCGUCCGCAAGUGGAGGCCGCCUGAACCAUACAAGGGCAAGGGUGUUUUUAUCAACGACCAGACCAUCAAGCUGAAGCAAAAGAAGAUCAAAUAGACAACGAUAUGGCGGUGGUGGAAGGGUUGGUGGUACCGCUACUACGGGGCAAAAUGUGGUGCGUGUCGACUGGAGAGCCGGAAGGCUGUGUAUAGAUGUAAAUCGCUGUACGGACGGGGGAUGGAAAAGACACAUUGUAUACUAUUUUGUUUUUAUUGCGCUGGUUCUUCCAAGAAAAGAGACAGAUCUAUCCCCUAUGUUCU